AUUGAAUAGAAGUGAAGUAAUAAAUUUAAACCCCGCGAAGCCGUAUGAUAAUACUGUCAAGUGAUUCUGAAUUUGUUAACUUUUUAUUAUUUUCUUUAAAUUGACAAUAUUCAUCUAUUCCAAUCAUGACUGUAGGAAGAAAUAACAAGAUUUUUCAGUUGCUCAACUGCAAGAUGAGAGUUAUCUUAUGCAAUAACCGAACCUUCAUUGGUACAUUUUCAGCCUAUGACAAAUUUAUGAACUUGGUACUUAUUGACUGUGUUGAGUACAUGAACUAUAAGCCUAGGAGAAAGCCAGUAAUCAAAGGCAAGAGAACCAUUGGGACGGCCAUAAUUCGGGGUGAACAUAUAAUGAACAUAAUAAUCGAUGAAGAACCAUAUCAAAGAUAUGCAGGCUCAAGUAGCAGCAGCAGCAGCUAUCGUCAUUAAAUCAUGAUCCGAAAUUACUCAUUUUGUGUAUAAAAAAUUAUCUGUGAAUAAUUCUUCAUGUCUAAUUUCAUUUUUUGUUUAUUCAUUAUUAUUUCUGUGCAAAAUCUGCAUGGAUAUAUCAAUCACAUCAUUUGUCAUGAAUUUUUUUUCAAGUGGAAAAUGUUAAUGAAUAAAUGUUAUUUUUAAUUUU